CUGCGGCUGGGUGGCUGGAUGACCCUGCGGCGCCCUGGAACAAGUUCGCGAGAGAUCCGCUGGUGGUCAAGGCCGCCCUGUGCGCCGCUCUGAGCCCCGCAGUGGCGGUGAUGGCGGAGGACUCGCACCCCACCUGCCCGCCCCGCUGGCUGGACGCGUCACCCGGGGCAGGAGGGGGAGGAGGGGGCGGGGGCGGGGGAGGUGAGGAGGUGUGUGUGCACCCCAGCAGUGUGGUGGCGCAGCUCACCUCGCCGCAGCUGGCGCACCCCUUCCUGGUGUACCUGGAGAAGGUGAAGACUGCGCGGUUGUACCUGCGCGACGUGACGGCCGUGUCACCGCUCACGCUGCUGCUGUUCGGGGGGCCGCUCACACUCUUUCAUGCGGAGGGGGCGGUGCUGGUGGG